AUGAGCUUCUACUCCUUAUCCCAUGGCUUCGGCUUCGACUCUGACUUCGGCUUCGGCUUCGACUUCGACUUGGACUUCGGGUCCGGCUCCGACUUCGGGUCCGGCUCCGGCUCCGGCUCCGGCUCCUGCUCCUGCUCCGGCUCCUGCUAUGACUGCUCCGCGACGAAUAGCUUCGGGAGCGACUGGACGCAGCAGAUGCAGACGAAGAUCGACCUCGACUACGAGAUCUGCUUCUUGAAUCUUGCCGGCGUGCCUUCUUCGCAACAGGCGAUCUAUUUUUACCUCCACGGCUAG